AUGUCAGCUACCGUCGAAUCUCUACCCAAAAUUGGACUAUUGUCCAUUGGCGAUAUGGGAGUCGGUGUUGCAAAACUACUAGUUGCCAACGGUUUCAAUGUUGCAACCAACAUCUGUGGCAGAAGCAAAGAUACCAUCGAACGAGCUCGGGAUGCAGAAGUUGAGCUCCUCGAGUCCGAUGUUGAGCUGGUCAGACAGAGUUCCGUUAUUCUCUCCAUUGUGCCGCCUAAGGACGCAGAGGCAACAGCCACUCGUAUUACAGAUGCGUUAGCAGGCUUAGGCACUACGAGAGAGCUUCACUUUGUGGAUCUCAAUGCUGUUGCACCUUCGACAGUCAAGGUCAUUGCGGCAUCUGUUAGGAGAUCAAAUCUGCCUAUACGAUUCGUUGACGGAUGCAUUCUUGGGACUCCCCCCAAGAAGACGUCUCCUGGUGCCGCAACAGAAUCAUCGAGCAGUAACGAUUAUUCUGACUGGUACCGUCCUAGCAUUCCUAUAUCAGGCUCGGAUGGGUUUAGCUCGCUCCCCUUUGGAAAGAAAUUGAUGUCUGUUCUCAACAUGAAGCAAAUCUCUCCUGAUAUCGGCGCUGCAAGUGGUCUCAAAAUGUGUUUUGCUUCCCUUUCAAAGGGAUUUACCGCCAUUGCCACUCAAUCGUUCACGACGGCACAUAAUCUUGGCGUCUUGGACGCUCUCAAAGAUGAGAUUGGUAAAUUCUAUCCAGCCACGCUUGCCAACGCUGAAAAGAGCGUUCCUGGCAUGCCACCCAAGGCGUAUCGCUGGGUGCGAGAGAUGGAGGAGAUUGCACUCACUUUCGAUGAGGAAGCGGGCUGGGAUAAACAGAUGUUCAUGGGUGCCGCGAGUGUCUAUCAGGAUAUUGCGGAGAACGAAGUACUCGGAAACGAGAAGGUAGGAAAGAGGAAGAGGGGAACAACGCUGGAUGAUGUCGCCAAGGUGGCAGCAGAAGGAUUGCACAAGAAGAAAAGACCACAAUAA